AUGGCGGUCCGCCGGUCUGCUCGCCUCAGAAGCGCCCAGUCGCCCGUCGAGGAUAUUCCCUCAAAUUCAGACAACCAAAACAAUGUAAACAACAACAAAAAACUCGACACCGUGCUCGAGAACGAGGAACCAACUGUCAACGCUCGCCCGAACACUCAAUCUACCCCCACACCAAAAGUGGCACACACGCCCAAAUCGACACACUCUCAACGAAAGUCACCUGCAAAAACCCCAACCACUUCUCUCACUCGUCCAACCCAUUUCGAGAUGCAUCCUAGCAAAGUACAACAGAGCACCACUAAGCAGGCCGACUCCGGCUUGAUCCUCGGCUUCAACCCCGUCAAAAAGGAUGCCCAAGGUAAUGUGGUGAAGGAAAGCACCGCGCAGAACACACCAAGCAAAACAACUACCUCUCCCGAAUCGACAUUUUACGGCACGCCUGCUCUCGAUUUCAAGUUCUCCUCGCAAGAGUCGCAGCUCAGCGAUGAGGCUAAGAAACUCAUGGAGAGUGUACGGCAGGAGGUAGCACGAAACAAAGCCAACAUGGUUCGCGAGAACCCCUCCAGCACUACAGCUGGGCCUUCCCAGAAUGUGGAGCGCAAAAUUGCGAAACCAAAGGGAAAGGCUAACCGGUUCUCCGACGUCCACAUGGCCCAGUUCAAAAAGAUGGAUUCCAUCGCUGGCCACGCCUCCGCAUUCCGUGCUACACCCGGGCGCUUCCAGCCCGUUCAGAAGACUCUCAAGAGAACAAACUCUAAAGCCCGCCUGGACGAACCGGAAGGCAAACCCUCUCCAGCGAGGGCAACGCCACAGGCACCUACUCCCUCCACACCGUCUGCAAAGCGUGUGAAGCAAGAUAAGCUCGAGACAACACCCCAAAACCGCCAAACCAACCCGAAGUCGGCGAUCGCACGUCCCAGGGCUGGCAUCCGAAGCUCGCUGCUUACACCAACACGAGCCUCAAUGGCUCGUGCGUCUACCAGCUUGAAGCCUCCUCGUACUAGUAUGAUUCCUUCACUCGUGCGCUCUCCUCUUUCCAAACCAGCCGAUGCUCCCAGCACGCCGCGCACCGAAUUCAAUCCACGCUUCAAGAGCAAUAUUCCCACACUGAGUAGCCUAAAGUCUAUUCUCCGCCGCCACCAGCCGCUAUUCUCCAGGGACCCGACUAAGAUUGCGGCUGGAACUCACCAGACAGCCCCGGAUUUCACUCCUGAGCUUUUGCUUCAGCCAUCACGCGAAAGCUCGCAUGAGCCCGCAGCAGCUACUCCUUCUCCAAAGAAGCGGGUAGAAUUCACUCCUUGCACCAAACCUCGACCAACUGAAGUGAUCUCACCGUCACCUUCGAAGAUCCCUGCCAACAUCACAUAUCCUUCGACGGCAGAGGUCGUCUAUCCCACCCUCCCUACAUUGACCCCCGACCGCGGCAACGCUCAAAGGCCGCCUACCAUUCGCUCAGUCCGCCCCUCUGAUGCCGCCGUGGAGGCGACUCUGCCUGAGAUUCCUGGAAUGCCUCACGGUAUCAGCCACAAGAAGAGACAUCGGGCGGCUGAAGACGACGCUGACCGCGAGAACGUGCCUCCGAAUGACGACCUUUCGCAAGGGCGAAGUGCGAAACGCGUCAAAGUGAGCACGCCCGAGCCAUCAAAGCAGCCGGCCUCUAGCCCACUCAAGUCUCGCUCGCACACUCCCUCGCGUCUCGGUCCGGGAUCUGCUCGCAAGGGAACCCUGGCAAGUGCGCGCCCUAGAAACGGCAUGCUCAGUAUGAGCCGGCUAAACAUGCUGUCUCAACCCAAGCAUCGGUCCUAA